GGCUAAAUUUCAGAAAUCUUUCGUGCGUGAGGCCGCACGCGCUCACGAGAUAAAGACACGUAGCAAUCGAAAUUUGCGAACAGAUUGUGAAAUUCUUUUGAAGGAGGUGUCUUUAAAAGAUCAUGUCAGCAAAUGAAGGGUCUGGGAAUCCAAAUGGAACAUCAGGUUAUUUCAACAAUGGAUCUGCUGACGGAAAUUCUGCAGGCUUCUUUGACCACAAUCAACCAAACAUGAACCAGUGGGGCUUUCCCCCUCCGGACCAGACCUCUGCUCCAGGGGGAAUUCCCCAAACCUCACAGCACCAGCAACAGUAUCAGCCCCAGCAGACUCCCCAGUUCUACAACCCUGCCGAGUUUCAGAAGGCUGCACCUGGCCAGCAGCCAGAGAUCUUCAACCCUUAUGGCGGAGGUAAUGCUUAUCAGCCACAGCAACCCUUCUCUCAAGAUGGUUUUCAGCAGCAGAAUGACUUCAGCCAGCAGCAGUUAAACCAGAAUGAUCAUGGAGGAAGUCUACCCCAACCGCAGCAACAGCCACAGAACCCUGAGGUUGCUGACGGACAAGUUUCCUAUCAACAGGGUUGGCAAGGGUAUGGUGCACCAGCUGAUUCCGCUGAACAACAGGAUAGCCACUGGCAAAACCAAGACAACCAUACAGGACAACAGGCCAAUGCUAGUUAUCCAUCUGAUCCAUACUCUUAUUCUGGGUAUGGGUAUGGAACAGAUAUGCAUGCCUCCACUAGCAAUCAUCAAGAAAGUGGUCACUCUGAAAAUCCCACUCAGAAAUUUGAGCAGGAAGAUUCCUCAGGAAAUUCAGGAUUUGGUGCAUUUUUCCAUGAUGAUGGAUCAGACUUUGUGAUUACAAGCGAUAAAGGGAGUGAACAGGUUAGUGCAAAUGUGAGCGAAAGGACUAGCCCUAAUACGGUUCCACCUGAUUCCAGUAGCCAAUCACAAAUGGAUGAACAAGGACAUUUACAAGAAAGUGCACAAUCUGAAAAGGAGCAAUCAAACUCAAAUAUAGAGCAUUUCCAACUCUCUCCGCAAAGUAACAGUCACAUAGCUACACCAGUUCAUGAUCUGGUUCCAGAAAAAAACGUGGCUACUCUGGGAGAUAUGCAGGACCAGACUACAGAAUCAUCUGAGUCAUCUGUAUUGAAUCAAGACAGUCAAAGUGUUGCUGUCCCAAGCAGCACAUUUGGUUCUUCCCAUGAUCUUCGUAGUGCAAUGACUGAACACAGUAAUUUUGAGGAACUCAAUGCAGAGUCAUUGGGAGUCAAUCAAACUCCCGAUGAUAGGAAUGUACAACAUUCAGAACCACACACGAACAUUGAGCCUGCCCAAUCUGAAUUAUCUGUACCUGACUCAUUAGUAUUAAACCCCGCUGAGAAUGUUGGUGUGGUCCAUGAGUUGCUGUCAGUACCUGUAUCUUCACUGUCAGUAGAGGCCAAUCAACAAGACUCGGAUUCAUUGCUGAAUCCAACACCACCUGCUGUAUCUCAAGAACAAUCACUCUCCUCUUUGAAUAGUGAUGGUGGUGAUCUUCCAAGCGGGGGUGAUGGACUUGAGAAUACACCUAUACCCGCAACAAAUUUUGGACCACCUUCAACCCAAAAUAAUGUUGGUCAAACUGAUGCAUCUGUUUUUUCCACACAGACCUUACCACACCAUCACCAGCAAACACAAGAGCAACCCUACCAACAACCACAACAGCAGUCCUCUGCGAAUUCUAGCCAGUCAGACCUGACCUCACCCCCAAAUCUACCUUUGCUCUCUACCCAGUCAUCCCUAGAAACAAAUAAGUCUUCAGAGCCAGCGGAUAGUAGAAAGCAACGCUCAGACUCACUCUCAUCAGGCUCUCACCCAAGUGCUUUUCGACAAGUUCGUAGUAUUCCCGGUCAUAGAGAUAUCUCUGUUAAUCCUUCCCCACCCCUGUGGCAGGCAGAAGUCCCAGCUCUUCCAGGAAAUAUUCUUUUGGCUCCUGCUUUGAAUAUAUCAACCAAUAUAAAUCCAAUAGUCCCUAGUAGUACUUUAUCAGCACCAUCACUUUCAACUCCAAGGCAGCUUGCUGACACAGUCGCGUCUGUUAGUGUGCCACCGGUACCAUCAGUUGUGGCUUCACUUCUUGCAGGGACUAAUAAUCCUGCCCCGAAACCUCCAGUUAGCAGUAAUACUCAAGCAAGUGCAACAUCAGCACCAACUCCUGUUCAACAGGUAACCCAGAGCGUUUCACAAUUGGAUAUCAGCAAAACUGUGCCCAACACAUCAGCAUCUGCUGUUCCCUCAUUAAGCAAUCCUCAAAGUGCCCCAGUGAGUCAACAGCCCCAACUUCCAAACCCUACCCCAAACCCAAAUCCCAGUACAAACCCAGUUGCCUAUGUCCAACCUGUUUCCCUGUCACAACCUAAUCCCAUUCAGCCAACCACUCAGCAACAAAACAUCGUCCAGCCACUAGCUAGUCAAGUACAGCCAGGAGUGUCAAUCCAAGGAGUACAACCAACUAAUCCCGCUGUUGUACCUCAGGGAUCUGGUGUUGUUACAACUUCCCAGCAACCAUUUAGUAGUACCCUGCCAAACCAGCCCCAGCAAAGUAAUAUGAACAAUCCACCCGUGCAACAGCAAACUUCUGUUCCUGGGCAACAGGGUGUUACUCCAAUGCAACCUCAGCAGCCAUUGCAACAGGAUUACCAGCAGCAGCAGCAAGUACCACCACAGCAGCAGCAGCAACAACAAGUACCACCACAACAGCAACAGCAGCCGUUUCCACAGCAGCAACAACCACAAGGACCCCAGAGUCAGCAGCCUGGUUACAACCAGUAUCCUCCCGGGCAGGGAGGUCAGUAUUAUCCCAACCCUGCCAACAGGCAGCCCUAUCCUCAGGGUGGCUAUUAUCAGGGUGGUGGGUACGGGCCGGGCUACGGGUACGGCAGCCCUUACGCUCGCCAAGGUGCCUACUCCAGGCAAGAUCCCUACUACCAGGGGUACAGCCAGCACGUGCAGCGGAGUCAGCAGAGAACUGCCGAUGCCCAGGGAUGGGACAGGCCGCAGUCUAGGCAGGGGAAUGAGAGACCAAGGUCGCGGCAGGGAUGGCCGGAUGAGCAGGAUUAUGAUCCAAGGUAUCAGAGGAGUAGGAGGGAUCCUCGUUAUUAUGGAGGUGUCGACGAAUAUGGUCGUCCGUAUGAUAGACGUUAUUAUGAAUACUACAGAAGGAAACAAAGUGGACAAUAUAAAGACAGAGAAUAUCAGAAGUAUUAUGAGCAACAGAGGAAUAGGUCUGGUUCCCAACAAUACUCACAAGAUUCAUCUUUGAAUGCCUCAGAUGCCUCACAAACAGAGAAGAAGGAUGCCAGUCAGAAUGAAAGUUUCUCAGAAGAAUUCCAUCACCAAGGCGGAGGCACACCUGAACAGUGCGGGUCAAAUCAGAGUGCAAUCUACCCUUCAGGGUAUGACGGCUACGACUCACGCUGGAGGAGAGAUCAGGGCUACUACGACAGUGUGAACUCCUCCGAAAGGGCUACUUACGACAGCAGUCAGUACUACAAUCAAGAUUAUUCUUGGCAACAGGAAGAGCCACAACCAACUUCUUACACACCCCCUCCACCAGAGAGGCGUACCCCAGUGAAACAUUCCUUACCCCACGUAAUAGCCAGGUUUAGCCCCGGUGGUCAGCUCAUCAAAGUCUUGCCUAACGUACCAGCUGAUGGAAUGCCAGCUAUGGUGGAAAUUCACAAUGUAGAGACAAUGAUGGAACAUUGUGAUGAAAUUGCAAUAUACAAAGGCUAUCCUGGCCCAUUGAUCAAGGGAGAGACGCACAAGAAUGAUGUCUUACAUUUUGCUGCAACCCAAGCAACGGAUUGUAGGAGGAGCACUGACCUUUCAGACAAAGAAUCAGCAGCUUUGCUCUGGGACUUGCUUGUCCUACUUUGUCGACAAAAUGGGACCGUCGUAGAGACAGACAUCUCAGAUCUACUCCUCAAGGACCAUCCGAUGACAAGUAGGGAAUCGUCCUCCCAAGAAGAUGCAGCGGAAGGAGAGGCAUCGCAGGAUGGAGCCGAUUUAUCUGACCUUCUCUCCGAGUUACCCAAGACUAAUGAUGCCCAAGAUGCAGUGAAGCAGACGCAUAGGUUCAGAGAGCUGCUCUUAUUUGGUAGAAAGAAGGAAGCCUUGGAGUGGGCCAUGAAGAAAGGACUGUGGGGUCACGCUCUCCUCUUAGCUAGUAAAAUGGAUAACAGAACACAUGCGAGUGUAAUGACAAGGUUUGCCAACAGUCUUCCAAUGAAUGAUCCUCUGCAGACUCUGUACCAGCUGAUGUCAGAUAGACAGCCCGCUGCUGUCACUAGCUGCAAUGAUGAAAAGUGGGGUGACUGGCGCCCUCACUUGGCCAUGGUGAUGUCUAACCUGAGCAGCAGUGCCGAUGUUGGCUUCAAGAGUGUUGUGACGUUGGGAGAUUCAUUGUCAUCAAGAGGUCUCCUACAUGCAUCUCAGUUCUGUUACCUGAUGGCACAGGUAGGCUUUGGUAUCUAUAGCAAGAAGACCACAAAGAUAGUACUCCUUGGAUCAAGUCACAACCUCCCCUUUAGCAAGUUCUCCACUAACUCAGCUAUCCAACUGACUGAGAUCUAUGAAUAUGCUCAGAUGCUGGCAAACAAGCAUUUCCUCAUACCCAACUUCCAGGCAUAUAAAUUCAUCUACGCCUGCAGGCUCGCUGACUUUGGCUUUACGUCACAGGCACUGAGGUAUUGCGAAACAAUAGCAAACACAAUCCAAUGCUCUCCUAACUACUAUAACAGUACACUUGUUAGCCAAGUGUGUCAGCUGUCACACAGAUUAAAACACCAUGAUCCUGAGUUUCAUGACCUUAGAGAAAUCACUGAACCACAAUGGAUUGUCCCACUCGAGGCCAUCGUCAUGCAGAUUAAUGAAGGACAAUUAAAACCACCCUCAUCAUCAGGCACCCCUAUGCCGUGGGUGGAAUCGUCCUCCAACCUAAGCACACUGGGUGUGGAGAGCACAGAUGGAACAGUCCAAGGUGUGGGUGAAGGGGUGUCAGCAUACCAGUAUGAGGGAUACCAGCAGGAGGGAUAUCAACAGGACCAGGUCGGAGGUCAGGGCUACGAAGGUCAAGCUGACCAACAGCAAGUCAACCAGUAUCAAGAUCAGCAAACAGAUCAACAACAAGUGCCCUUCUAUGACUACAACCAGCAACAACAGCAGCUACAACAACAGCAAGAUGGUACACAACCAACUGGUCAACAACAACAACAGCAGCAGCAACAAAAUCCCUACUACCAAUAUGAUAAUUACCAGCCCUAUAACACCCAGCCAAUGAGCAGCAACUUUGCCCCCAACCAGGACCCUGGGGCCUCGAUAGGAAGUAAUUUCUCAGAAUACAGUACAACGACCAAUCCAUCGGAGACAGAGGGGGACUCAACUGAGUUUGAACAGAGUGGCGCUUCCCAGUUUGAAUUCAAUAGCUAUAACAAAAUGCAGGUGCAGCAGAACAGGAGCCGGACCAACACCCUGGGUUCCAUGGGCGGUCCGCCAUCCCCCCAGAAAACCCUGACCCCGCCCGACUCCCCCAACACCUUCACCGCCCCCAGACCCAGGACCAGGACCACCUCAGGGGGGUCAACUGUAUCGGUGGCCAGUCAGAAGGGGCAACAGAAGCACCAGCAACAGCAGCCCGAACCCAAGGAGACAAAACCACAGAAUAAACCAAAACCAAAGUCCUCACAGGGCGGCUGGCUAAGGUGGUUCAACAAAAAGCUUGGCGGUUCUAACAUCCACCUCCCUGAUGAUACAAAGAAAACGAUCGAAUGGGACGAUGUCAAAAAGCAGUGGGUCAACAAGGCAGAAGAUGCGGACGAAGCCGAUAGCGGGCCCCCUCCUCCACCUCCCUCGGAUAAAGAAAUAUCUGGCCCUGCUGCCGGCCCGCCAGCUACCUCACAACCCCCUCCCUCAGUCCCUGGGCUAGGGGGAGGUCUUGGUGGAGGGCUGGGGCCAAAAUCAGCCCCUCCUCCUGGGGUUAACAAAUUUUCUCGCAAGUUUGGUCCAGGUAACUAUGUUGAUGUUCUGAACAAAGGCAAGGGUACAUCAGCACUGGCCAAGACAGGAGACACAAGUAGCUUAUUCCAGACCUUACCUGCUCCAAGCAAUACUGCACCUGUGAAUUUCUUCAUUCCAGAUUCGUCUGCAUCGGAAGACACACAGAGCUCUAAUCAGGAAGGCGAUCCUCAAGUGGGCAACCCAGGGUCACGACCUCACAGUCCACACAGAGAGCAAGGGGGAGGACAGCAAAGUGAAAACCUUUCACGCUCUAGUUCGAUGAGCGAUCUCUCCAAUGAGGUCAGUCAGCAUAUGUCCCAUCAGCCAACAACCCAGCCACCACCCUCCUGGCCACAAGAGGGCGCCAAUGCCUCGCAACAUCAGCAGCAACAGCAACAGCCUGCGCAACAACCUGCCCAGCAGCCAGGGGUGCCAAUGUUCUACAACCCUCAAUCGUUUGCCAAUCAAGGAGGAGCCGCUACAGGGUUCGGGGUUGGGGGCAGCUCAGGGGGAGCGAGUAAGAGAGGGUAUGGACAGCCCAGGCAAUACCCCAAGCAGAGGUGAUGAAUAACGAGGAUGAUAAUGGGUGAUUUUUAUAGUAAUGUUGAUCUCCGAACUGUUUGUGGAGGAAUCGUCUCCAUUUGUGACAUUGGGCAGCCACCAUCAAUCACUCAUACCACCCCCACAAUCGCACACUCUUAUUUGUUUGUGAAUGCGUUAUACUCAUUAAACUGUGCAAAUCUUUGACAGAUAAUUUUGUGGCUGUACAUUGCAUGACGGAAGUCUUUGAACUUCAUUUCGCCUGUAAUCAUCUUGAAAAUAAGUCAGUUUGAUAAUCAUACAAAUACCUAAAAAUACAAUUGUUGAAUAGUAUAAUGGCUGUUGCACCUGUGUGUUAAAAAUCAGGAAUGUAAACAGUGUGUAAAAUUCAAUAAAUAGUUCUGCUUUCUGAAAUAUACUCAAAUCAGUGCAGGGUCAUACACAUAGAUGUUUUGACAAAAUGGCCAGUGUUCACACCUUUAAUGGGAGCAUUAUUGCAUACAUAGGGUUAGUACCAGAACUCGGUUUCAUAAUACAAAAGGCAUCAAAUCAAGUAGAAAUUUGCUGUCAACCAAUCAAAUUGCUCUCUAUCAGUAGCUUAUAACAAUCACUUCUUUAAACUUGUUGAUAAACACACUCAUGCUUUGAAUAGUAAUAUACAUGUACUUUUCAUGAUCACUAAAAUAUCUUCAUUGUCAGUUUGUAUAAAAUAUGUAACCUCUAUAGGAUAGUCUGUAUAUCUUUUUACAAGAUUACAAGCAGAAGGAAAAUAUUUAAAAAAAGGGCACACAUUAAUUAUUUUUUUACACAGUAGUCAUUUGAAAAGUUCAGAAAAUAGCAACAAUCUCCAUCAUUGUGUAAAUGUAUUCAUGUUUGUUAGAUUCGACCCACUUCCUUCUGAUGUUGGCAUUGCGAGUUGUGUAAAUUUGAAGCAUUCGUCACACUGUAUAUAUUAGCUGAAGCAGCUUAGCCCAUCAUAAAAAAAACGACAACACUACGGUGCCUCUCAAGAGUCUAUACACACUUAUAGACCUUAUGCAUAUGACGUUAUAAUCUUAUAGCGCCCUCCCUCAGAGGAUUUGGGAAUACAUGUAAAACAGAGUUGUCACACAUGCAAGGCAAUGGCUUCUGCCUCUAAGAUGGCGGCACAAUGACGCCAUUAUUGUGUAUGGCAGAUAAAGAGGAAAGUGAAAUCUAGUUAAAUGCAUUGUGCUACAGUCACUCACUUAUAUGACUCAUAAUAUUUCAAACUGUAGAAUAAAAUGAUAUUUCACUCCCCCUCAUGACAGUUUCUAAACUGUGCACAGGUGAAACAGAUAUUAAGGCAAGAUAUUCUGCACCAGUGAGAAUCACUCUGUAAGUAUAAAGACUAAUUGUUAAUUACAUGUAGUACUCAUUCUUCAAGGAUUUGAAGUGGAAAAUGAAGUGCAGUUCAACUUUUCAUUGGCACAUACAUUGUACAGAGAAUUUAUAUGUCCACUUCAGUGAUUUGAGACCUAAUUCUAUUUGAUAAAGUUGCCUUUUAAAUACAUGAAGGAAAGGGGGGCAGGUCAAAGAGGAGAGAAUUGGGGAAGAGAGAGCAAGCAUUAGAGAUAUAGAUGACAAAGUUCAAUCAGGCUUUUAAAUAUACACUGUAAUUCACGAUAUUUCUUGCAUAUUUUAUUUUGUGCUGCUCGAUAAGACACACAUAGGUGUAUAAACAUGGUUUCUGAAAGAUUUCAUAUUUAACUACUCUUACUGAUUGAUGAGUGUAUCACACAUCAAAAUAUUCUUUACACUUUGAUUUCUCCUCAUUUUAAAAAUGAUUUUCCUCAAAAGACGAAGGGUUUCCAUUUUGUUCAAUUUAUUGUUCCUAGACUAGCCUAUUCAACAACUGCUUAUUUUUGUCAUGGGCGUGUACCCAAAUGUAAUAAACUUGUAAAUGUUUUCAAAUAUUGAACCAAUGAAAUGGGCUGCCAUUACAAUAAUUGAAACGAUUUUACAGUGUAUGAGAAAUAAUUUCCCAACAUUUUCACAUUUUUACAUUAAAAAUUCUCCAUUGUCACUUCAAAUGAUUGCAGACUGGCUUAAUACGUCAUAUACAAUAUUAAAAUCUAUCUUAUUUACUGAAUGAUGAAUGAUAACAUAGAAAAACAAAUUAUGUGCAAUUUAUUGUUGAUGUAGAUACUUAUUAAAGCUGGCUUUUAAAUAUAUCUGCCAUGCUGUUAUAAUGAAUUAACUAUAUAAGAAGAGAUUUAUGUUAUUCUGUUCAUUUUAUGAUUUAUCAUUAGUUAGGAAUGAGCAGGAUUUUGUUUGUAUAAUUUUCAUGAUUCUGUGUUCUCUAUGAUUUGUUUUAACUGUUCUCCCAUUGUGUCAACGAUAUCAUAUAUAUUGAUUAUUGAAGAUAUUUAUGAGACCUACUUGACCAGGAUUUUUGUUUCUCCAUGAUUUCAUAUGUAGAUUGUUUACAUUCCAAGAAAACUUGUUUGCAGAAAUAGAAGGUAUUUAAUGAUAAAGCAUGACUUAAUGCCUUUCAUCCUCUUUAGCAGAAAAGUUAUUUUUAAACCUACCUUCAUAUCACCUUCCCUUUGUUUAUACGCUCAAUUCUGCUUGUGUAUCCAUCUUUUACUCUGGUACCUUAGAUGUGAACUGAUAUUUUCCCUCAUAAACAUAGGCUUAUAUUGGAUUAAAUUCAUGAUCUGGCAGUCUACAUGUAGAUACAUCUGACUUAUUAGCCAAUCAGAGCCAACCUUUUAUCUAUUGAUAGAAUAAAGCUUGAUUUUGAUUGGUGAAUGUAAUGUCUGCUGCUUUCAAAUUGGUUCAUGUGGAAUAGUUCUUGUACUUUCUUUACAUAUGCAUAAGUACUUUUCUACAUAUCAUUAUUUUACUGUUCAAAUUUGACAAAGCCAGAUUAAAGAUUGAGACUAUUCAUCCUGUUUUUGUAGUAAUGAGGAGGAUUAAAGUUAAUAUAACUUCGAAUUGUUUUAUCAUUUUCCAAGUUUUAAGUCAUGGGCAUGGUUUUGUAAAUGUAAUUUCUUUCAAUGCCUUUGUUUCGAUCAUAUAAUUUUCCUGCUAAAUCAUAUUUCAAAUGUAGUGGUGCUCAAAACAUAUAUUUUAAUAUAAUUCAGAUUUUGUAGAAGUGUGUGGAAUGGAUAAUCUAAUAAAGUAAGAUAGGAAUUGCUUAGGUGUGUUUGCUUUAAAAGUGAAAUAUAUAAAUAUUGUAUUCUUUGCUUUUUUCCUUUUAAUUUUCAUAACUUUGGUCUUGUCCCCCAAAUUGAUAUAAAAUAGUAUUUAAAAAUAGAAAAUAAGCUCUUUGACUGGAAGUGAAAGGUAGGAUAUUUUUAGGAUGCAUGACAUAUCCAGGUGGCUUUAAACUUAUUUUAACAUCUAGACCUUGAAAUAGUCAACAGUUUAAGUUGAGUGUAAUUUGUACAAAGCAGAACAUGCUUGCUGUAUAUUGGCAGAGCUAUAUUCUCAUUCAUGUAUUUAUCCACAAAUUUCCUUCAGCAGUGUAAGUAUGCCUUUAAUAACAGGGCUCCUUCUUACAAAGAGUUACGAUUGAUCCGAUCAAACUUGUGAUUGAUCGGAUCAAUCGCAACUCUUUGUACGAUGGGGCCCAGAUCUCUAGUUGUGAAAGAAUCUGCACCUAUUCUUUGUUGUUGUUUAUUUUCUUAUUAUAAUGACCAUAUUUUUAAGAGCAUGCCAAAUGGUGACCUCUGUAUUGAGGCAAUGAUUGAACCAUUCAUGUAUAGAUGGAAUGAAAUAUGAUAAAAUGAUUCAAUCAUCAUUAUUAUUAUUGUUAUUGUAUUUCAUAAUCAAAUGUCAGGCACAUUAUAGUGAUUGCCCUGUAAGCUCAUGAAAUGGGGCUAAUAUAAAAAAAGAAGAAUAUGGAAUAUAUGAAA